AUGCUCUGGGGAAGCCGCAAAGAGGAAGUCCCCAAGGAGGCUCCUCAAGAACCCAUCAAGCGAGGCAAACUCUCGCCGCAGUUACAGAAAAUCGUCGAUCGCGACGACCAAUUCUACGACGAUGUCUAUAGCCCAUACUCCGUCGACUCAACCGACACACCCUACCGCUACGCCGGAUACGCAAACCGCCUCCGCACUCUCCUCCUCUCCGCCCACCGCUACGUCGCCUACACAUCCGACAUUGGCGAGUCCUUUCGCCCAGUUGCCCACCCCUGGCUCGUGCGCUCCGCCUACGGAAUCUCCUGGACAUAUCUCAUCGGCGAUGUCGCUCAUGAGGGAUACAAGGCGUACCUGCGGAACCGCCGCGUCCUCGCGCCACCAUGCGAGGCAUACAAGGACUCCUCCGACCUAACACACCAGCAAAUUGUCAUGGGAAUGGCGACAGGGAAUGUAGCAGGAUCGUUGACGUCGUCCUCGCCGUCAUCUAGCCAAGGCGAGAGCGAGACGCUGACACCAUGGCCGUCGGCACACAUCCCGCUCAUUGAAGACUACCGCCUCAUCAUGGUGAAGCGCGCUGUGUUCCAGAGUGUAGCAAGUAUGGGACUUCCGGCGCUGACGAUCCACACUGUGGUACGGUAUAGCGGGCGGGCAUUGAAGGGGUCAAAGACUACGUUUAUGAGGACCUGGGUUCCUAUCGGUCUCGGUCUCUCCGUCGUCCCGUUCCUCCCCUACAUUUUCGACCACCCCGUCGACGAAGCCGUCGACUGGCUCUUCCGAACUGGUAUCCGUGCUUACGCAGGCGAAGACGCCGUCCAGCCUCUCCCGCGGCACUCGGAAGUCUCGGGUACAGCAGAGGCUCAUGACGGUGACGCGACCUCACUAAGUCACCUUAAAGUCAAAGUCCAAGACGCUGUGACCGGGGGAUCGAAUGGAAGAGUCGCAGAUUCCAGCUGGGAAGAAUACAAGGCUGAGCUGCAGCGCGCCAAGGAACAAAGGAAGCUUGAGCGUGAGGCACGGGGGGAGACCGGCAUUCUGGCGAUGCUCGGAUUUGGGUCGUCGAAACCAAAGGAUAAGACGGAGUGA